AGGCAGCAGCCCGAGGGCAGGGACGCCCUGGUCGUCGCGGCCGGCACAGCCGACCUCGCGGCGAAGGCGGCGAAAUUGGAGGGGCUGGUGUACCGGAGCUCCAUGGCGUUCUACCACGAGGAGGAGAAGCGCCACCGGAGGUCUUGGGCUACAAAGCCCCAAGGGGUGACGACCGCUGCCCACAACGCCAUGCAGGUGCGGAACAGCUUUAAGGUCGGCUUCCUCAGCGAGAUGCGGCGUGACGCGCGGGGCGCCCUGCGGAGCUACAUCACGGCGUACGAGCUGCUGAGGCACGACGUCGAGGUCGCGGAUGUUGUGGAGCGGAUGGAGCUUUGCAACCAUAUUACCAUCAGGAUGUACCAGCUGUACCUCCAGUCCCACGACGUGGGAGCCGCCGUCUUCCACUGCCGCACGCACUCGGCCACCCUGCGCGCCUGCAACGCGACCGACGAGGC